AUGCAGUCCAUGCACAGACAGUUCGGAAAGUUGAUGAAACGGUCGGCGGAUGAUAGUCAAAUAUCAAUGCUUCUGAAGGAUUUUGACAAUGCAGAUAAGCUCUUGACAAAAGUUGUAGAGUCUACAAAAGCUUGGCGUGAUGCAUGGACUUCGAUUCUGACGUACCAAGGCCGUCUUGUCCACGAAUUCGAUACCCUCUAUGCGCCGAUUGUCGGUUCUUCAGAAACUUCCAAUGCCCGACCCAGCGUUGAAACACCAACGGAAACCCUGACUAGAACGACCCGUCUCAACGAAGAAUAUGAAUCACUGCGGGCAGACUUGUUGGUCGAUAUCAAUUCUGUCGACACUCGCAUGAUUGGCCCAAUGCAGCAGGCGAAAGAGUCACUGGGUCCAAUGAAAAAGGCGAUCAAGAAGCGAGAAGAUAAAAAGUUGGACUUUGAACACUUUCAAAGCCGAGUCGACAAUUCAUUGAAAAAGACCAAACGAUCUGAUCGUGACAAUGCCGUGUUGGCCAAAGCAGAGGCAGAACUGGCCAAGGCCAAGGAGGACUAUAACGCAGCGGACGACAACUUACGAGAAUAUCUGCCACAGCUUAUCUCCGCUAUAUUCUCUCUCUUGCCGUGUCUCCUAGCAUCGCAGAUUGAAAUCCAAAAUACUUUGCUCGGUCAUUACUAUACUGCUCUUCACACCUAUGCGCAGCAAAUGAACUUCCCAUCCCCGCCACCUCCAAUGGAACAGGUAAUCCAGGAUUGGCAGACCGACUUCCUUCCUAUCCAGCAAGAAGUGGAGAAUUUUGCAACUAUUGCAAAUGGCAAAGCCGUCCGUGGCGAUGAUGAUCGUCGCAAUAGGAGUUGGUCACGACGACCGAGCAGUAACCGUCAGCUAUCGGCCACUUCACCCAGUCGCAAUCCACCUCCUCCAAAACUGGGAACGAAGCCUCGAAUUGGAAGCCAAGUUUCAACGUCUUCCUCUGCGAAUUCGAACCACCUCGCCGUAAAGAUACCAUCACCAACACCAAGUACACCUGACUACGCCUCUGAAGGCUACAUGGCAUCAUCUCAAGGAUCAAACGGUACUCGAGGAGACUAUUUUAGUCGAGAAAGACAACCAUCAUCGACUUCAACAACACCCGGCUCUAGUUUCGGGACAAUAGGAAAGAAGAAACCGCCGCCUCCUCCACCUCGCCUAAACUCGGGAGUUCAAUCCACAUUCGUAACGGCUUUGUACGACUUUGGAGGCCAAGGAGCAGGGGACUUGGUGUUUAGAGAAGGCGAUCGAAUCCGUGUGAUCAAGAAAACUGACAGUACCGAUGACUGGUGGGAAGGCGAGUUGCGCGGUGUCAAAGGCAGUUUUCCCGCAAACUAUUGCCAAUGA